GGAAACAUACACACAGUUUCACAAUGGCUCCUGAACACCACAUAUACCUGUUCAUUAUGUUAAUAAUCAUGCCUAAAGGUCUUUCUCAGCUGGUAAAAACACAGCGGGUCGUCAUAGUAACCCUGGGAGAAGAUGCUCACUUAAGCUGCUGUCUCAUGGAACCCAAAGACGUCCUGCAAGUCACCUGGCAAAAAGAGACACUGAAGGGGAUUGAAAAUGUUGCCAGCUACAACAAACGUUUUGGUCCAUUAGUCAAUUCACGUUUUCAGAAGGUGGUGUUUCAAGACAUGGGACUGCAGAAAUGCUCUAUUAUCAUCAGAGAAGUAUCUAGAGAAGAUGAGGGCUGCUACAAGUGUCUGUUUAAUUCAAACCCAGAUGGAGCUGUCAUUGGAAGGACAUGCCUACAAGUUAAUGAACCCACACUGUAUGAACCAACACUCCUAGUUACACAAAGCAAUGACAGCAACACCCUCUUCUCUGGGUUAACUGUCUCCUGCUCUGCUACGGGACGACCUGCUCCAAUAGUGGCCUGGAAGGUCACAGAACACUUUUUGGACUCUUCUGCAGUCAAUGUCAACCAUCCCAAUGGAACUGUUACUGUCACCAUAACAUCCACAAUGGCAGUUCCCAAUGUAGACACCAUGGUUGGGUGUGUUGUCUCGUCUGGUGAGGUCAUUAAGGAGGUUUCCAAGGAGAUACCAGCAAAUUCAACAUCCUUUACUGGGAUGAUGGUUGGUGUAGGGGUGUUUUCAGCGGGUGUCAUUGUUUUCAUCUGUGGUCUAGUUGGGUGGCUGUUUAUGAGGAGACAUCAAAAGAGCAGAGGAAAGACAGGGCAAGAUGUUCCCAAAAUCACCAAUUCAACAUCAAAGUCACCAAUUCAACAUCAAGAAAAAGAUAACGGUUCUGUAAUGAUUCCACUAAAACAAACAACCCAGCAAGACGAGGCUGAAAUCAGAGAGAGUCUCAUAAAUGAAAAACCAAGUGGAUCAGUUAUGACUCCAUGUUCCAGCGACGUGGUCGAGGAGGGAAGAGUUGGAAAAGAGGGGGGGUCCACAGUCAGGAAAAGGAUGGAGAAACGGUUUGUUGACCCUGAAACGCAAUGCAAAAAGAAGUUAUUUAAAUGAGGAUGACUAUUGGCUGGCUUGGUCUAUCCGUCCAUUGAUCCAUCUAUCCAUCCAUCAGAAUCAUCUUUAUUUUAUUAAAUGCAUUCAGAUUCUUAGAACUUCAUGUUAUGGAGCUGCUAGUAUAUUACAUCCAUCAACACGUCAAUUUACUGUCUUCUGUCCUUUUCCUGUAUGUUUCUCUUCCUGUCAUUUAAGAACACUCCUUCAACAUGUACAGUAACUAUUGUGACUGUUUGGUAAUGUUGUCACCUAUGUUGGCGGGCGACGGGGGUGAAUCAACACACCACAGUAGAGCUGUUGUAGACGGUUUGUAUUAGGGAUCCAUUGUAAAGAAUGGAUCAAACAACCAAAGUCCGUCACCAUACAAGAAACAGGCUUGAGGGCGCUCCUCGGCCCAACUGUCUGCUCUAGACACUGUUAAACUAUACUUUCCAAUAUCUCAAUGCCAUUGUCCCUCCGAUGGGUUAUUCGCGUCCGUCCUGCUGUCGCCAUCUGCCUCCCGAAGCGUUUCACCUCCCUCCCUCCACGUGUGGCCAGCUACCUGCUUAUACUGGGAGAAAGGCAAUCAGCAGGGACAGCAUUGCCUCCAUCAGAGUACCUACGAUACCCCUCCCGGACAGCAGGAGUCUCUCUCGGACAUGGAGUUCAGGCGGGUCACUCUGGCGCCCCGGUGGAUCCACCACACUGUCUGUAUGGUCUUUGUGUUAUGUUUAAACCUCUUAUGUGUGUAUGUGUAUGUAAUGGCUUAUUUUUUUUAAUAAUCCAUCAUUCUUGUUUUAAAUACAAAUACAUUUUGCACAUUGUUUUGGGGAGAACAAAAGGGUUGGAUGUUUUACUUAGUAUCAAACUGAUUUGUACAUAACAAUAAUUAUUUGGAUUAAAGGGUAUUUGCU